UUUUGUUAAAAAGAAAAUGAGUGAAUAUCCACAUGCAAAGAAAUUGGAUGUUACCAAAGAUGUUGAAAAAUUUAAAGAAAUUAAGGAUAGCAUGGCUAUGCAGUAUCCUUUUGAACUUGACCCUUUCCAACAACACGCCGUUUGUAAAAUGGAAGAAGGCGAAUCUGUUUUUGUUGCCGCACAUACAAGUGCUGGAAAAACAGUUGUUGCAGAAUAUGCUGUUGCUCUGUGUAAAAAGAAUAGAACAAGAGUGAUUUACACGUCUCCAAUCAAAGCGCUCUCAAAUCAAAAAUUUCGGGAUUUUAAAUUGACUUUUGACGAUGUUGGUUUAAUUACUGGAGACAUUCAAUUAAAUACGGAAGCUAAUUGUCUCAUUAUGACAACAGAAAUUCUUCGUUCAAUGUUUUAUAAUCAUUCGGAAGUUAUCCGAGAACUUGAAUGGGUUAUUUUUGAUGAAGUUCAUUAUAUUAAUAAUAUUGAGAGAGGUCAUGUAUGGGAAGAAGUGUUAAUUAUGUUGCCUAAAUAUGUAAAAAUUGUUAUGUUAAGUGCAACAGUCCCAAAUUGUCUUGAAUUUGCUGAUUGGGUUGGACGCAUAAAUCACAGAAUAAUUUAUGUAGUUGAAACACUCAAAAGACCCGUACCUUUGGAACAUUUUUUAUAUUGUGGACAGGAUGGAAAGACGAGAAAUGAUAUUUUUUUAAUUUUUGAUACUGAAGGAAAUUUUAAAAAUUCUGGUUAUCAAAAAGCAGUAGAAGCUAAAGACAAAGCUCAAAAAAAUCAAAAGUAUGGAAUGGGACAAGUCGGGCCUGUAGGAGGACAUCCUUGGCAGUUGAAUAAAAAUAACAAAAAUGUUUAUAUCAACCUAAUUUCUUAUUUAAACACCAAAGAUUUAUUACCAAUGAUUGUUUUUAUUUUUUCUCGUCAAAGAUGUGAUGAAACUGCUCAAAUAUUAAAUUCUGUUGAUUUAACUAAUGCAUCAGAAAAAUUUGCAAUUCAUCAUUUCUUUAAUCGUUGUAUUGAUAGAUUGACUGGUUCUGAUAAGGAAUUGCCUCAAGUUUGUUUUUUUCUGAUUUUUUAGGAUUUUCGGGUUAUUUUAUUAGUGGAGCUCUCGAGAUGUUCAAUCAUUUCCCUCCCAAAAUUUUUUUGUUUCUCCCAUUUCG